CUCAGAAGUGGUCGUGGUGGUCGGCCGUGUCAGAUUGUGGUCAUUGACUAGGUGUGUGGCAUUAAUACGAUGAUCUUUGGACUCUGACAUAAUUGUCCUCUCCCAAAGGACAAACACUUUCUGAAAGAUGGCACAGAAACAGCACAGAUCAUUACUUAAUGCAGGCACAUUUCUCGAUUUCGCCCAGAAACUUAGCAACAGCAGCAAAGAUCGCCGAGCGAGCAGCGGUAGUCCGGCCGGGUCACAAACUUCCACAAGCCCUCACGAACUUCCAAGUCCAACAGCUUCUGACCCUGGCCCUUCCGCUCAACUUGCUGUCAACUCUAACGAUGUAACUUCACUGGUUUCUGGAGAUGCAUUGGAGCAUGGAGAAGAGGCAGCUUUGGUGUUGACAAGCGGUGAAAUCUCCCGUCUUUCGAGCUCCCCGGCUUCAGCUGGUCAACUGCGGUCACCGGAAACUGGUCCUAUUGCCGUGCAAGGUCAGCGGGAGAAACCGGACUCUUUGGCCGGGUCAUUGCCGUCCCAGAGUGGGUCUGAACGGUCUUUGACCAGUGUGGGGAACAAAAGUUCUGGAAGCCCACCUGUUGUUGUCGUAGUUGGGGAAAAGGAGAACGAGGAAGAUAGGCAGGACAACUCUGGAGUUGAAGGGGAGGCAGAGGUGGGGAAAGAGGGCAGACGAGAAGGAGGGAGCACCAUGGCAGUCGCCUUGUCACCGUCCCAGCUGAGCAGUGAUGUAAAUGUACGGGAGAAAGAAGUAAAGCGAAGUUCCAGCUUGAAACAGUCUCUCCUAAGGGCCAGACCCUCUACUCUGUUUUUGAAGGGACCAGCCAAAUUCCCUUCGGUCAAAGAAACUUCAGGGAAGACAAGAUCUUUAAAACCACAUAAAAAUCGUCGGAGUAGUGGAUCCGUGUCUAAAGAAGGCAGCGGGAUUGACAGCGAAAGUGACUUGGAUGUGCUGACCAAUGGCUCGACACCGAAUCUUCCAUCUCCCUCCCAAUCCUUCCCCAACGCCCUACCCCAGCUUGAGGAGUCUUCCUCCCAUCAUGGCUUCGAGACGUCGGGAUCGUCCGUCAGCUCACCCACCGAUAGAUCCAUGCUCCUCUUUAAAGAUGAUAAGUCCAUCCGAUCCGGCAAGAGGAAAAAAUCAUCAUCGCCGUGGUAUAGCGUUUUAUCAUCCUCAUAUAAAACAAAAACGGACGAGUUCAGAAAGUACUUCAAGAAUAUACAUGACAGUGAAAAGCUCAUAGCAGAUUACUCAUGCGCCUUGCAGAAGGAUAUCCUUGUUCAAGGGCGGAUGUACGUCACUGAGAACUGGCUCUGCUUCUACGCUAACAUCUUUAAGUGGGAGACGCUGCUCACCAUCAAACUGAAAGCAAUUACAGCGAUCACAAAGGAACGGACCAUACGACUGAUUCCCAAUGCAAUACAAGUAGCUGCAGAUAAUGAAAAGUAUUUCUUUACCUCAUUCAUGUCGAGAGAUCGCACAUUCCUGCUGCUGUUUAAAGUGUGGCAGAAUGCCCUCUUAGACCAGAAAAUGCCGUCUGAUGAGUACUGGACCAGAGUCCACAGUAACUACGGCAACAAUUUGGGUCUUGGGGCAGAUGACCUUCCAGAGGACUACGUUCUCCCGCAUCACAUGUCAGACGGAACGGAGAACGAGGGGAAUGAUUUGGAUGAGGAAUCAAAGAGCCAGGGGACGGAAGGGAACGAUGAGGAAGACGAAGAGUUGGAAGAUGGGGACGAGGAAGAUGAAGAAGAAGAAGAAGAUGGUGAGCAUGAUAGCGAAGACCCAUCCGAGUUAGAAGGCGACAAGGGACCCGAUGUCAAAGGUCAAGAGGAAGUGGUCAAGCAAGAGGUCAAAGUUGAAAGUUCACUGGAGGCUGCUAAGGCACUGGAUGAGGAAGGAGAGGUGGCGUCGCUGGAGACCAAGUCUCUAGAUGCUAAGGAGUACAUGAACUCUUACUUCAAGGUAACCGUGGACGACUUUGUUGCUGCUUUGUACUCUCAAGAGCAUCCCUUCUACAGGAACUUUCUCAUCCACAGAAAACACACAGAUAUCGUUAUCGGUGCCUGGCAGAAAGAGGACGAAGACACUGACGUCCGGAAAGUGAGUUAUUUCUUACACCUUAACAGCUUUAAGACGGUUGGCGUGGAAGAGCGACAGAUUCUGCACAAGAAUUGGAGUCGGCCGGGCCACAGCUCCGUCGUCACGAUCGAGGUGUGUCAGAAAGGUAUCCUAUACGCUGAUUACUUCUACACUGAAGCCAGGAUGGUGAUAACCAGGGUGUCGAGUACCAGCUGUCACGUCAGAGUGAAUGCACAUUUGAUCUACAAGAAGUCGGCUUGGGGUAUUAUCAAAGGAUUUAUUGAAAAGAGUGCGGACAGCGGUGUCAAAGAAAAACAUGUAGAACUCGAUGCGUAUGUUAAGAAACACCUAAGUAAUGCUGAGACGAGGACGCCGGUCGCCACGGUAACCAAGAAGACAAAGAAGUCAAGGAAGAGGAAGAUCGGAGCAAAGAUGGAGGAGCGAGAAGAGCAACUCAGACCACUCAGUAGGAUGCCGUCCGUCUCAAACGUCACUCAAAAUACAAACUCACUUUCCAGAUAUUUGAACUCCCUGGAACGGAUGGAUUCUAAGAGCGUUAUGCUGCUUAUUUGUAUAUUCUUAACAUUUCUGUCCAUCGUUAACGUGUCCUUAUUUCUACAACUGCAAUCAUUAGAACAGCUAGCUGUUUCGCCGUCUCCAGAUUUCGCAUCUACUCAGUUUUCAGAAAAGUUAAAAGAUUUUCCUAAAUCAAAAGAACAGUGGACGUCAUUACUUGAGAAGCAGUUAUAUUAUCAUGAACUCGAGAUGGAGAGAUGGCGGGAAAUUUUGGGUUUAUGUAUCGACCUCAUGAAAAAGAUGGAGAUUACACUACAGGAGAUCCAUAAUGGCAUUAAACCAGUCCGGGUACGAGACAUGGAUGCUGAGCUCAACGGAGCUGAUGUUCAGAAACCUGAACAGACAUAACAGAAAAGUACUUUGUUUGUGAGGGGGGUGGGAUGAAUAGCCCCCCUCUUGUGGUGACAUUACAGAAAGGUACUUUUGGGUCUGAGUUGGAUGAGCCCCCCUCCUGUGGUGACAAUUAGUCAACUCGGAUCAGCCCAAAUUUUCUAUGGACAUUAUUUGUUUUUAUUAUUCCUCGUUCUUAUUAAAAUUCAAAGAAAAAUGUGACCCUUUCAGAUUAUUGUCAAAUACGGUCAGAACAAAUAUUUACAAGAAUAUCUAGUAACAAUAUAAAUAUAUUAUAGGCUUACCUCUUGACAACAAAACCCAGUAAUAACAAUUUUUUACAUUGAUAAAUACAUAUGACAAGAAUACAUUGUAAGAGGUGAUCAUUCUUCUCUUCCAUAUAAAACAAUCUUUAAACAUAAAAUAUGGUGUGUAGCCAAAAACUGUUUCGAUCAUUAAGCUGAUAGGCAACUGCGAGUUGGAUUUGAAUAAUGUCUGGUUCAAUGACUCGCUUAGUCACAAUGAACCGCUUACAUUUGAAUUCAUCAGACUACAGAGACAGUUGCUAUGUCACAUG